AUGGAAGUAGAACCAAUUUCAGGGUUAGAAGAAACUCCAAGCUACAGAAACUUAUGGUUGCAUUCUGUAUCCACCGCUCCCUGGAUAUGAAAGCCCUUCGGGUAUUGUUGGACGGAACAAGACUUGAACUGGACCGAACUCCGCAGGAGCUUAAAAUGGAAGAUGGUGAUGAGAUUGAAGUCAUGAUCCAAGCCACUGGGGGUUCAAAGAUGGCGUACACUUGUGUCCCAAGCCUUUGUACACAUUUAGAGUGGAAGGUCGUAGUUGAAGUAUGGAAGACAUUCCUAUCAAAAAAAAAAAGAAAAGAAGAAGAAGUAUGGAAGACAUUAUGAUAAACCUCAUGUGGAUGUUGUGAUCGUUUAUAUGCGACAUAUAUCUUCAUUGGAAAUCCCUCUGGGU